UCCCCUUUGUUCACACUCCCGGACCGCUCUCUCUCCUCUCUCGGCGGCGCACCGACCGCAGCUCCCGGCCGCCGCUCUCAGCCCGCGGGCCGGGGCCGGGGCCGCCGACACCGGGGGUGGGGACGGGGGGCCGGGACGGGACGGUCCGGGACAAGCGAUGGGCAUCAGCCGCCUGUCGGAGCUGAUCCGGGAGCGGGCGGCCGAGGCGGUCACCAGCAAAACCAUCCACGCGUAUGAGGGCCGGGUGAUGGCGCUGGACGCGGCGGUGGUGAUGAACCAGUUCGCAUGGCUCGGCCACGACCGGCGCUACCUGCACCACCUCAGCCAGAUUGUGGGGGUGUUUUACCGAACAGCCAGCCUGCUGGAGAAGGGGAUUAAACCCGUCUUCGUCUUCGACGGCCCCGCUCCCAGGAUGAAGUCCCGGGUGCUGCGCAAGAGGCACGGAUGGAGACCGGUCCCGCAGAGUGAGGAACACGCGUGUGGACCGGUCCCGCAGAGUGAGGAACACGCAUGUGGACCAGUCCCACAGAGUGAGGAACAUGCAUGUACACAGGUCCCAGAGAGGCAGGAACAUGUAUGUAGACCUGUCCUGGACAGUGAGGAACACGCGUGGAGACCGGUCCCGGAGAGCGAGGGACACGCGUGUGGACCGAUCCCUGACAGCCAGGAGCUGAGAUGUAAAGGGAUGGAGGAGGCGUCUCCCGAGGACUGGGGAGCCGAGGAUGGUGCCUCACUGGAGGAGGGGAUCAGCAAACGCCCCAGGGGAAGAGAGCAGAGCCGAGGGCAGUCGAAGGAUCAAAACCCAACAGCAGGUCAGACAGAACGUGUGGAGAGGACCGGCCGCAGGGACUGUCAGCGUCUGCUCACGCUCCUGGGGGUCCCGUUCAUUGAGGCCCCCGGAGAGGCAGAGGCCACGUGUGCGGCCCUGGUGAAGGCGGGAAAGGUGCACUGCACGGCCACCGAGGACAUGGACGCACUUCCCUUCGGAUGCACCCGGCUCGUCCGCAACGUUAGCGCCAGGAGGGACGCGAGGGUGGAGGAGUUCUCGCUGCCUGACAUCCUGAAAGCCCUGAAGCUGACGCAGGAACAGUUCGUGGACCUCUGCAUCCUGAUGGGUUGUGACUACUGUGAGAAGAUCAAGGGGGUGGGGGUGAAGCGAGUGCUGCCCCUCAUCCAGGCGCACAAAACCAUCGAGGGCGUCGUGCAGAACCUCGACCGGCUGAAGUUCCCGGCUCCGGACGACUGGCCGUUCCAGGAGGCGAGGAGCCUGUUCCUGCAGCCGGAGGUGGUGGACCCUCAGGAGGUGGUGCUGGAGUGGGGGGAGCCCGACGAGGAGGGGCUGGUGCAACUGCUAGUGCACGAGAAGAAGGCCAAGGAGAAGCGGGUGCGGAGCCGGAUCCGGAGCCUGCGGGAGUCGCUGCGGGACGUGGAACGCCGGAGCCGGAUGUUCACCAGCGAGCAACAGCGGCGGCUUGAUGACUUCUACUGCCGGGUGAAGGGGCUCCGGUACCGCCGGCAGGGAGACCAGCCCCACUUCCAGCUCUCCAAGAAGAAACGUCGUACUGCCCACCGAAAUCUCUCCCGACUCCCCCUUCGCCGCCGGCUCGCUGCCCCUCCCCGAGACCCCCUCCCUGGGACCCGUUCACCUGCCCCCUCCCUCCCCUCCUCCGGAGCCACAGAACCUUACGGAGCCCCUGCCACUGGCCUAACCCCUGCAGUUGGGCCCCUCCCUCGGGCCCCUCCCUCCCUCCCUCCACCCCCACCGUCCCCUGGGGCGUUGGCCAUGGGUGGGGGAUACCCCAGGCCUGAGGUUGGUCCCUCACUGGGCUGGGAUCUCGUGCUGCCUGUCCCAGUCGAAUAGCCCGCU